GACUCAGCUUCUCAGUCGAGUAAAGUCCGUAGCGGAGAGCAGAACGCAAUUUUUUUCUCGCGAGUUUAUUUUUAAUAACAAAAAAAAAACUUUGCCCUUCCGUGCGGCGUGCACGGCAGCUGUGUUGUGUUGUUGAGUUGUUAAAUUUGCGUAAGUGUGUGAGUGAGGACGGAGUUGGGUGGAAAAGAGAACCUGCAAUGUUUACAGUGGUGUUGUUGUUUUUUACAUUUUUUUCUUGAAGAAUCGCACUUAAUUCAGCUCUUAGCAACCGUAAAGGGUUGUUGUGAGGUUUGCCUUUUUGCCGGAACGCCUCAACUAGGAAGCGUGUCAGAUAUUUUUGUUUUCAAAGCAAAGGGCGAUGGUAAUGCAUCGAAAUGUACAGUGGCUGAAGCUUGGUGUACAGAUAUUCGCAUAGCGUUGAUGUGUGCAAAGUGUCAGUGAGCAAAAUUGUUGUGAAAGAUGAUUCUUUGCAAUCCGAUGGUUCACAUUAGCCACCCUUUACAUUCCAUAAGCACGCAAAAACGAGUCAUUAUUUGCGAGGCGUGUUAUAUACAUUGCUGUUGUGGGAGAGAUGAAAACCCGUGUGACAAACAGUGAAUGAAAAAGAUUUGAAAGAUACUUCAGUGUGACACAUAGCGUGAGCAAGAGAGAGAGAGAAAGAGCGAGAGCGUUUGCCUGCCAAUUCAGAUUAGGAAUAUGUUUGGGUGAAACAAGCGAGACGAAGUGAGGAAGGCAAUCAAAAAAGGAAAACAAACCAACUAUUCAGCUUGGUCGUACCUUCCACUUUCCGAUUCCCAAGUAAAUAAAAAGCAAAACGAUAGAUUUUGCGUUCACGAGACCGGUUUUUGUCAAAUAAUCUGUCGCUGUUUUUAUCCCAAUGUGUAGGGUAGUGAUAUGAAAUAAAGGAAUUAAUAUAUUUCAGACACCAUUGUAAUUAUUCCAUAGUGUUGUAAUACUGCACAAUUGUUCUUUGGUAUGUAUUUUAACAUCAACAUUAGAGGAGAAGGCUACAGGAAAGAGUCGUUUUGCAGAAAGAGAAACUUUUUUCGUUGCCAAGAUGUUUGUAUCGUGUGCGGGAUUUGUGGUUGCGUGUGCGCGCGCAGAUGUCUUUGGAUGUGGUCAUUUUUCUUACUUGCUUUGUACUACUUCUACCAUUUUUUUAUUUCACUGUUAUGCUGCUUUUGAAUGAAUCAAUGAGUUGUCGAUUAUUUAAUUAUUAAUAUUUAUUUAUCAAAGCUACAUUUAAAGCUACAGUCUGUGGAAUAUUUUUUUUGUUUAUAAAAAAUCGAUUAAAAAAUCUAUUAAUAUUCGUGCAUAAUAAAUAAAAAAAAAAUGUCCACAAUUGAAAUAACAACGUAUCAGCCCAAUGUGCAACCCCUGUGCGCUUUACGAACAACAUCGACGGGGUUGUUGCGUACGCCACCCCAUUUCAGUCGCAUCGAUUCGUCCGUACACUCAAGUUCGCGCUAGUGUUUUGCGUACGUGUUUCUUGCCGCAUUGACAACCGGGCGGGCGACUUCGAUUGACUUUUCUUAGUAGUAGAAAGUUUACUGAAGCCUAAAGCAGGCACACAGAAUAUCGCAAAAAAGCGUCAAAUCAGUUGCGGCCGAUUUGGUAACGCAUAGUUGUGAUGGUUGUGAAAUUCAUCCAACCGUUGCUCUGCUCAACAAAUGAGGGUCAGUUUGUCGAACGCCAAAGUAAAACAUUUCUAUAGUGGAACAGGGGUGGUUUUUGUUUUGUUUUUUUCGUGUCGCUGCUGUCGCUUCUGUUGCUUCCGUCGAGGCACAAUGCUAAUCGUGUCAGUGUGGCAGCAUUCUGUGACCUGCUAGUCGCUAGCCGCAGUGAAUAUUUGUGUUGUUUUGAUUUUGUGGGCACUUGCUCGAAUUCAAAAGUGAAGGGCCGUUCAAGCACUGGCUUUGUCAGUGGUCGUGUCCUAGGGGGAGAGGUUAGUGUGCCGUGCACGAAGCUGGGCUGGCAGCGAAAAGUGUCGCUGGAAUGAAGGAGAGCCAAUUCAACCAUCGUGAACUUUGCAGCAUCCGUGUCGAGCCCAGUGCUGGGUGUGUGUGUGUGUGCGCACUGUGUCGUGUGCAGCUGUGAAACCAAAUAAUUGUCUCUACCAUAUCAUAUUGCAGUCCAGGCGGGCACCGUGGCACGGUGGUUGUGCUGAUUAGAGUGAGUGUGCAAACAUGCCACGACUGGUGUGAUGUUCCGUGGUGCUAGAAGUGUCGAAAAAAGUAAAUAAAAAAAAAUAGAUAGCUAGCAAAAGAAAUAAAUACAAUCGCACAUCAAGUGCUGUUUGCUGUGCUUGACGCGCGGGUGUGCGAUGUACGGUGGCGCGGUGUGGCGGUGCCUGGCGGGGCAGAAUUGAUAAGAAGUGUAAACAUCGCGAGUUUCUACGGCGCGCGAGGCUCUCGCGUGCGAUUUUCCUUCCCUCGUGCUGCGGCGUGUGUCGUGCCCUGCGUUUGAAAUCGAGCAUCGAGGGUAAUUGCAGUGCGCGUGUGUGAGUGUAGAAGCAUCUUGUGAACUUGACCGGAAGAUAGCAGAAUCGAUCUCUCCCCGUCCGAAGGCAUAUUAUGCUGGUAUUGAUGUGGUGAAUGGUUGCAUUUGAGUGUAUGUGUGAUGUGUGAAGAGGCCUGAUGUGAAAAGCAAGAGAUAAAAAAAUAACAGGAAGCCGUACGUCGACAGGUGGACAACGUUAAUUUACACGCGUACAUUUGUCUUAGUUCAAGAUGGCUACUUCACCGGCAAAGAAUCCUCUCCCUGUCAUCUCGCUAAACAGUGCGAAUUUCAAUGAUUGUAAGGAUCUUGACUCGAUCACCUUCGUAGAUACCGUCGCAUCCUUUCCUUUCGCAACUUGCUACCGUCCGACCAGCGAUGACAUCGACAACGAUCGCACCGGUUGCACCGACAGCGCCAACGCUGGUCGCUCCCUCUACCCCAGCCGUCCUGCCGUCUUCGUGCCGUUCUGCCGUGCCGGUGGUUACAAUUCGCAGUGCUGAGCUGCCGAAUACCGGCGACGGUACGGGUGGUACAAACGCCGGUGCCGGUGGUCGUUUGAUACGCAGGAAGGAGUUUCUGGGCGAGUCCAAUCGUACCACAUCGCUAAAGACACUGUCGUGUGAUUUGAGUGAGAUUCUGGUGAAAAAUCUAAGCCUGAGACGCAGCGAAACGUCCGAACGGCGCCCACACGCCGACACACUCGAGCAGCUCGAGCCAGCGACGUCAUCGGGACCGGUGGUGCAGCAGCACCCACAGUGCAUCGGCACUACAGGAAGUGGUACUAUCGACGGUCGUGUUAGUAGUAGUGGUAGUGGUGCCGCUAGUGGUGACAGUCGCGCACAAACCACCCUGUGCGAUACGUUCACUUCGGUGAACAAACUCAUACGGUUGAAGCGCGUUUCGAGCGAUGGUAACAAUCUGAGCCGGCUGUCAACGGUAGUCACGACCACGAAUGCCAGCGGUGGCUGUGGGGGAGGACCUGGUGGUGGUGCUGGUACGAACUAUACCAAGAUCUUAGAACCUGAUCCGGGCAAACCGCCGCCGCCGUCCGGCUCGUUCAAGCGGGUGGAGAUAAGUGUGUGCGAACGAACGCCCAGUGUGACACAGUGUGGUGAUCAUGGUCCAGACCGUCAACCGCCAGUGAGUGAAUCCGAGUCGGAAAGUGGGGAAGAGUGUGCAAAUAACGAAUAUCCGAAGCAAAGGGCAGCAGCGCCAGUGCACAAAAGUGUCAUCGUGAACCAGCUCGAUCAAGUGGACGAGCACUGCCCGCUGCUAGCCGUGAACGAAGAUGGCCGUGCGCCAACCGCACUAGCACUUCAGAAAAAGAAAGCGACCCUGGUGUUUACCAGAAAGAAGAUUCCAGAAGCAGCGGCGACCGUUCGCCGUUCCAGUGAGCGUGAUUUAACGUCACCUGGCGUUGGUGCGUCAUCGUGUAGUGCAUCGAAAGUGCUUGUGCGCCGUCGUGUGCGACUCAGUGGCGAUUGGUUGGGCAGAAGUGUGGAUAACGGUGAGAAAGUCGAAUUUAAAAGGCGCAGCUUACAGUGGCCCAUCGGUUUAACGUCCGGUGAUAGCAGAACGACGACACAGCUGGCCGACCUCGUCGAAGGAAAUCGGCGGGGCGGCGCAGAUACUGCGAACAAGUUUCGCCACUCCUGGAACGCACCAGGAUACGACAUACUCGAGGAAGACUCGGGAGUCGAACGAAGGGGUGGAGAUUUUGGGAAGGACUUUGCCUCUAUCAUUCACAACCUGGCUGGGCUAAGGAAUCACCACCUUGCGAAUGGGACGCAUGAGUCCGUGUCCCUGCUCGAGCAGCACUCGCCUCAGAUUGUCCCGACGCGGGCAGCGCGCCCGACCUCGCUCGGAGGCUCCGGGCAGGGGCUUCGGCGGGGUCCAGCGAGCUGGAUCCAGUCGUCCCCGAUGGUGCCCUCGAGUGGGGUCGCCGGUACGGGUGCUGGAGCUGGACCGGGCGGCGGUGGCGUCGGGGGCACCGGUGGCAAUGGGGAAGGCAGCCCGCACACCGGGUCGUUGACCGGUCCGGUGCCUCGCAAACGGCGCUUUGAAGCAUUUCUCAAGAAUCUCGUCGGCCGGCGACCGUCGAAAGAGCCUCCACCGGCAGCUCCUCCACCACCGCCCCCGCCACUGCUCAGCUCGCCCGAAAUCAAGAUCAGCAAAAGCCCGUCCGAGCACAAUCUGGCGGACAUAGCGCGCAGCCGGCUGAACAUCUCCACCACCUCGCUGUCGUCCGUGCACCAGCGGCUGUGGUCGGUGGUCCCGCUGCUGAAGCGCGAUGUCAGCUGCAACAGCCUCGCUUCGCCCAAGACGACGCCCCUGCUGCUGGACAGCCAGAUGGCGUCGUCCGGCGAGGGUGGCGGCGGCGGCCCGGGGCUGCUCACUCUCGGCGGCCUCAAGGCGGGUGCUGCCGGCGGUCCCCGCGGUCUGCGGAAGUGUGAAACCGUGCUGGCACUGACGAACGCCACCUCCCAAACGCUGGAACCGAUCCGGCCGCUCAACCGGCUACGUAACUGUGCGUCCGUGGCCACCUGCUCCCGUUGUUCUAGUCUACUGUCACUGGCCGCGGCCGGUUCGCGCUACUCGCUCAACGCAUCCAAUGGUGCGUUCGUGCCCGUGUCCGCGACCGAGGCACACGAACCGACCGAAGUGCCGAAUAACCCGAAAAAGGGCUCCCUCGACGGUGGCUCGAAGCGGAAGUACGUCGGCAACCUGCUGCGGCUCACGACGACCAGCUGCUCCUCCUCCAGUUCGUCCUCGGGCGCCUCGUUGCCCAGCUCGUCGUCCACGCCGUCCUCGUCCUCGUCCGGGGCUUCCUCGCCCAGCCCCAACUCGGCGACGGGCAGUCCGGCCGGUGCGUCCGUCUCGUCCAAAACCGUUAUGUUUUCCCCUAGUCCCACGCAGCUGCUACCGGUAUCGCCGAUCAACAGCCACUCCGCAACAACGACGACGACAACGACGAAGGCCUUAACGCCUACGAUUAAGUUCACCUGCAAACUGUGCCUUGGCGAGUUCAGUGCCGAGAACCUGACCCGCAUCACGCAGUGUGCUUGCUCGUUCUGCACCGAGUGCAUGACGGCCUACAUCGAGUUUGAAAUUUCCGAAGGUGCGUACGAGGUGUCCUGUCCGGAUGCGAUGUGUCCCGCGCAGGGUAUCAUAACGAUCGCGGAAAUAACGGCGCUAGCGUCAUCUUCCCUGGUGGAGAAGCACCACCGUUAUCGACUGAAUAGAGAGGUAGAACUGGACCGAUUCCGAACCUGGUGCCCAAAAGCGGGCUGCGAAACGAUUUGUCUCGUUGGGCCGAGGGAGCAGCAGGCAGGUGACCAGGCCGGAGCAAACCAAACAGGCUCCUCGAUCUGCUCCGACCGUAUCGUGCCACUGUCGCCAUCGUCCUCCAGCAUGCCGUCGCCGUGCGCCGUGCACUGUCCCACGUGUCGGGAGGACUUCUGUUCUGGCUGUAAGAAGGCGUGGCAUCCAACGAUGUCGUGCGAGGAAAAUUCGCGCCGCCUCGCGGUGGAUGGCCAAACGGACGCGUUGGGCAUCCCGUUCGACAAUGAUCUCAUCAAGUGCUGCCCGAUGUGCACCGUGCCGAUCGAGAAGGACGAGGGCUGCGCGCAGAUGAUGUGCAAACGGUGCAAGCACGUCUUCUGCUGGUACUGUCUCGCCAGUCUGGACGACGACUUCCUGCUUCGGCACUACGAUAAGGGCCCGUGCAAGAACAAGCUGGGCCAUUCGCGCGCUUCGGUCGUGUGGCACCGGGCCCAGGUGAUCGGGAUCUUUGCCGGGUUCGGCAUACUGUUGCUGGUGGCGUCGCCGCUGCUCCUGCUGGCCGCACCCUGCAUAGUGUGCUGCAAGUGUCGCAUCUGUAGCGGCGCCGCCAAGCUGGAGGAAACCGAGGUGGACUACGACGAUGCAGCCGUCGCCCUGCACAGCAGCACUGGGCCGCAGCGAUAAAGGGUCUACGAGUCGGCACCAUCGACCGAGAGGACAUUUUGGAGCACGGUGAAGCCGACACCUGCGGCAGCCGUCUUAGCAGUAGAGGGUUCGCGUUCGGUUUCCGUUUUGCGCGCUUCCGAGGGACAGGCGAACCGUGUGGU